AUGGACUCAGAAAACCACACAAGGGUAGCAGAAUUCCUACUUCUGGGUCUCUCAGAGGAUCCAGAGCUUCAACCCUUUCUCUUUGGAGCGUUUCUGUCCAUGUACCUGGUCACAGUGUUUGGGAACCUGCUCAUCAUCCUGGCCAUCAGCUCUGACUCCCACCUACACACCCCCAUGUACUUCUUCAUCUCCAACCUGUCCUUCACUGACAUCUGUUUCAGUUCCACCACAGUCCCAAAGAUGAUUAUGGACAUCCAGAUACAGCAUAAAACUAUAAGUUACAAAGGCUGCAUUAUCCAGAUUUGCUUUGUUCUGACUUUUGGUGGGCUGGAAAACUUUCUGCUUGCAAUGAUGGCCUAUGAUCGUUAUGUGGCCAUCUGCAAUUCCCUUAGGUACACAGUCAUCAUGAAUCCCCAUCUCUGUAUCCUACUGAUUGUAUUGUCUUUGUCAGUCAGCAUUGUGGAUGCACUGCUUCACACUCUGAUGACACGGCAGCUGUCCUUCUGCACAGACCUGACAAUCCCACACUUCUUCUGUGAACUUGCCCAGGUCAUCAAACUUGCUUGUUCUGACACUUUUAUCAAUAACAUCUUGGUAUAUUUGGUGGCUGGCAUAUUGGGUGUUGUUUCUCUUAUUGGGAUUAUUUUCUCUUAUGUUAACAUUUUCUCAUCCAUCCUGAAAAUGCCUUCAGCUAAGGCAAACUAUAAAGCUUUUUCUACCUGUGGAUCACAUCUCUCAGUUGUCUCUUUAUUCUAUGUGACAGGUUUUGGGGUCUAUGCUAGCUCUGAAUUGACUGGGUCAUCUAGUAGUUCUGCAGUAGCUUCAUUGAUGUACUCUAUGGUCUCUCUACUGAUGAAUCCAUUUCUCUACAGCCUGAGGAACAGAGACAUGAAAGAAGCCUUGAAGAAACUCAUCAGACUCAUCAGGCUCAUCAGCCUUUUUUGA